AUGCCUUCGCAGAAACAAGCCCAUUCUCACCAGAACCACCAGCACCAAGGGGAGGUACCACAUCAGCUACCCUCCCGGCCGCGCGGUGGCCGCAAGCAGGCCCCCCAGCCUCACUCCAGCUCGGUACCGUCUACCCCUCCUCAGCGCGCUAGAAAUUUCACCUACGGGUCGAGAGAGCCGUCGCCGACCAAUCACAACAACCAUUCGCCUCGAUCUGCCUACUCGGAGACGAACAGUGCGCUGCCGUCGUUGCGGCCCCUGCCAACAUCGGGAUGCCAGUUCGAAACGGCGCAGGGCAAUUUUAGGAGGCGGAUGCCCUACAAUAUAGGGACUGGCAUGGUGGAGAGGGUGGAUCCGGAGAAGAUCAAGGCCAAGCUGUCGGAAGAUGACGAGAGGAAACUGACCACAGAUAUGCGCGAGCUCUAUGACAGGUUACUCCCGACCCCACGGGUUGAGGAGAACCGGCGGAAACUUGUUGCUAAGCUGGAGAAGAUCUUCAACGACGAAUGGCCUGGGAAUGAAAUUCGCGUCCACCUUUUCGGUUCGUCGGGAAAUCUCUUGUGUUCCGACGACUCGGAUGUGGAUAUCUGCAUCACGACGCCAUGGAAAGUCUUGGAAGGAGUUUGUAUAAUUGCCGAACUGCUUCAUAGGAAGGGGAUGAAAAAGGUCGUCUGUAUUUCGGCGGCAAAGGUUCCCAUCGUCAAGAUCUGGGAUCCAGAGUUGGGCCUCGCCUGCGAUAUGAACGUCAAUAACACUCUGGCCCUCGAGAACACCCGCAUGGUGCGAACCUAUGUCGAAAUCGAUCCUCGGGUGCGGCCGUUGGCAAUGAUCAUCAAGUACUGGACAAGAAAACGGAUCCUCAAUGACGCCGCUUUCGGUAGCACCUUGAGCUCGUAUACCUGGAUCUGCUUGAUCAUCGCCUUCCUGCAGCUACGAGACCCACCCGUCGUUCCGGCGCUUCACCAAGUCAAAGACAAGCGACUUCGAAACAAGGAGGGAACAGAGAGCUCUUUUGCCGAUGACGUUGAAAAAUUGAAGGAAUGCACUGGCCAGAAUACCUCCACGCUGGGCGAACUCUUAUUUCAGUUCUUCCGGUACUAUGCCCACGAGUUCGACUACGACAAGUACGUUCUGUCGGUGCGGCUAGGCCGGAUUCUGCCCAGGGCGGAGAAGAAAUGGAUGCACAAUCUGUGCAUUGAAGAACCCUUCAAUACCGGACGGAAUCUUGGUAAUACCGCAGAUGAGUACUCCUUUCGGGGACUUCACCUCGAGCUCCGGAGGGCUUUCGACCUCAUCUCGGAGGCAAAACUGGCGGAAUGCUGCGAGCAAUAUGUCUUCCCGAAAGAAGAACCCCCACCACCCUUCAUACGGCCACCGAACGCACCACGGCCCGUCAUGAUUCGCAGCUCGUCUCAACAACAGUCGGGACGAGGGGGCCGCGGGAGCAACCGCGGACGUCAUUCCAACACCUACCGGAACGGGAGCUUGAACAGGCGCGCGUCCUCGAGCGUUGCGUACGAUACGAACUCGAUGUACUUGCCGCCGGUUACACUGACACCGCAGGAUCUGGCUUGGUACGCCCAACAGCCGCCCUCCGCUGCUCCGUUCCCGUAUACCAUCAUGAGCGCCGCCAUGAUAGCCCAGUCACAGCAGCAGCAGCAGCAGCAGCAGCAGGCUCAACAGCAGGACGGUACCAUCGGGCUACAGCUCUAUAAUCAGUCGCAGGUAAUCCAGCAGAUCCAAGCACAAAUGACGGCUCAGCUGCAGGCCCAGCAACAGCAACGGAUGCAGGCCAGUUCCUCAUCGCAACAACCGCAGCAGAAGCAGCAGCAGCAGCAGCAGCCACCGCCACAGGCACAACCGCAGACACAGCAGCAAGGUGCGUCUGGGCGAUCGAGGACCAAUUCGCUUGAGAACGGCACGCCUCUUAGCGCUCCGUUGGCCGGGCCCGAUUGGUACAGCAUAUACCCCUUCGCAUACCCGUUCUUCCCCACAUCUGGUUACACCUACCCGUCGUCCCCAGCUACUACGGCAUCCGCGGCAGUCCCGGAAUAUCGUCGGAGCAUGCAGAGAUCGGGUGUAUCCGCGGAGUCGGGCACGUCGGUAGCAGGGAGCUCGCUUAGAUCGCAGUCUCAGCCUGCGUCACGGACCAUAUCAGCAGGCCAGCACGGCCAGCCCUUCUCCGGAUCGGCUCCUUCGACCAACGGGACUAUGGGCCCUAGAUAUAUGAACGGUGUCUCCAUCCCCAGCUUCAUGCCUGAAGAUGUCGACUACGAUGCCGGCCCGGCGCAGCCGUCGAGCGAUUCCCCAGCGUCUGAAGAGGGCCCAUAUGUGGGCUAUUACACGCCGGAGAUUGCGAGCCCCGAAAAAAGGGCACAAGUUGCUUCCAAUGGUAUUGCCUUUGGUGAUCUCACGCAGUCUGGCCAGGGACAACGGCGUCGGCUGUCGACAGAGCAACUGCCCCAGGCGCUGUUGGAUCGGCGCAUCCGAAAGGCAUCCCGCUCGCCCUCACCACUCGGUCACUCUCGAUCUUUCUCUAUCGGCAACUCGUCAAGUCCGGCCACCCCGUCUCCGUUCCCGGUGAGCAGCUCUCGGACGGCAGCGAGGCCGCUGGUGGUGAACGGUACCGGUUCAUCCACGUUGCGAACAAGUUCUCUCCCACCCCAAGCGCCGCAGCCCUCGGGGCUCUCGGAGGAGGCCAGUUUCCCCGUCGCCGACAGCUCCCCGCACCCCGAAGAACAGGCCGCUCACGCGACUCGCUCCGGACCAAUGGAAAACCAGACAACGGCAUCGACAGUGGAACCGACCCCGGCGCAGCCCUCUGUGCCAGUCAUUGUCAACGGGAGUACGAACAUGGCGGCAGCAGGCGCGCAAGUGUCUCCAUCGAUGCGGCCGGCGGCCGCGUUGCCUCCGGCGAUGGAGGAGGCUUCGUUCAGAGACCGGAUUGCCUUGAUGAGUAUGGACCCGUAUCUAGCCAACCAGAGUCUGUUCCAGUCUGACUGGGCUUAUGCUGGGCAGUCGGCCAUGGCUCGGCAGAGAGCUCUGUCUAGGCAACCGCAGAACGGAGUGAUAGCGCCUCUCGACCUUGCGAUCCGAGAUAACCGAGUGGCCGGGCAUUUCUCAGGCACGGAGUCGGCACACCUGUCUCCCAUCAACGAGGCGAGGUCUCCCUCCCCCACCGCUGUAAGAAGAGGUGGGGAGUCUUCGGUCAAGAACGAUAAGCUGGCAGGCAGCUCGUAUUGCCCGAAUGUGGACACGCAGACCGAAUAUGCAGGGCCGGAGCAUCCUCGUGGACAUGGCAGUGAGUCGGCUGCAAAAGACCACAGGGCAGCUCAGACUCUGCAGGCCCAGCCAUCAUCACACUCGCGUCACGCAAAAGCGGGAGGGGGGAACACGGGUACGGCACACUCGCAAGCGGGUCACACGUCCCAGCAUCCUCACACUCCCCCUCAGGGGCCGGGAUCUCGUCCCAAGACAAACGCUUCAAGGGAAAAUGGACACGUUCGUGGAGCCAAAAGCGAGAGCUUUAACGCCGAAGGCGUGUGGCAAAAGGCGACGAAGGGCCGCAGAAAAGGUGGUGGUGAUGGCAGGAACGGAGCAGCCGGAUUCCUACCAAGCGAACAACCUCCGCGACACGAAGCAGACCGAAAGGGCGGUUGA